AUGAUCAAAUUGGCCAAUCCCACCACGACGACCCAGACACGCGCCGACAACGUACGACUGGCUUUCUCGGAACCUACAACAUGCUCGUCAGCCACCGUGUCGGAGCUUGGAAACUUGCUGUUCCCAAAGGGAGAGGAUGAGGAAGACAAGGAAAAUACAAAACCAAGACGAACAAAGGCUGCUACACGUUUAGCAUCGACGCGUCUGAAACCAACGAGCUCGACCCGAGCCACCACAAAAUCUGCCACUGCGACAAUUGAUGCGCACUUUGUAAUCUCACCGAAAGAGCGUUUUACACUCGCGACCGACGUCGUGAACUCGUCGUUGAAAGUUCUCGCCGCCAGUCUCAAACUGCAGCUCAAGGUCCACUCGCCGUUAUCAACAAUUCAAAAUGAUGCUCCUAUGCACAAACGAAGCGCCUCCUCUCCAUACUUAGAUAUCAAUGCUAAGAUAUCUACAAAGCCUUUACGAACGAAGACCAAUAACCACCUAUCUAAUGGUAAUAGCCGGUCCGCGCGUCCACGAUCGUCUUCCUUCUCUUGCGGAACCGACAAUGAACCUUCUUCCCAUAUACUGGCAAUCGCGGAAUGCGCAAGAUUAGCAUUUGCAUACCUGAGGUCCGGUGAAGCCAGAAAAAGUAACGGAAAAGAUUUGCCACCGCUUCAGAUCGAGCAUGGAAUGGUUGCGCUAGUUGGCAAACUUCUUGGACACGGGAUGACCUCAUUAGCACUUAAAGAGUUACAAGUACUCAAAAGUAGACUUCGAAGUCACAUGUGCCCGAAGGCGGAUGGAUGCGACACUGCCACAAGUCCGAUUACGAUCGCCUCACUUCUGGCAUUCGAGUCAAUAUCUUACGAGUCCUCUGCGCUCCCAAUCGUCAUUUCAUUCCAAUUACAAGUCUUGAGAGUUGCUGCAUCAUUGAGACGGCCCAAAGCGAUCGAGGGCAUACUGAAAGAACUGGACCUAGAGAAGGAAACUGCGCCCGCCAACAUCAUCCUGCAAUCUGCCAAUAAUCCAGACCAGCGCAGCAAAGCAGCCCGACAGCUGGAAACACUCGCCCAGAGCCUGCUUUCUUUAUGCCCAAGUAUUGCAUCGAAUCAAGAUGAGGCAGCUAAAGACGCGAAAUUGAAGCCAAGCCCCGAUGCGGUCUUCCAACUCCAGCGCAUUGCAUUCCAGGUCAGGCUGCUUUGGUGGAAACUCGCAGGGCAUAGAGGCGAUGUCAAUAAAGAACUCUGGGAACCAUUUACAAAAUGCAUGAUGGCUUACACUAGACGCUCCGUGACGCCGAAAGUGCACCAGUAUCACAUUUGCAAGAAUCAGUUUUCAAAACUUGAUGCUUCCUAUCGCUCCCUGCUUUUGACUACAUCAAUUUCCAUACCAUCCCAUACCGCUGCAUUGUUUCCGAUCCAACGAACCCUGUCCAAUCUAGCCCAGUCCGCUGGGCUUUUCGAUGAAGCUGUAACGUUCGCCCAGACGGACCAAGAUUCAGCCGCCCAGGGAGAUGCUACAACUGCCAGUAGCACCAUAAAAAUUGCUGCCAUUGGGAUUGAUCGAGCUUUGAGUCAAGGUUGGGACGAGGAAGUAGAGACGCAGGUCUCUUUGGCGCUGGAUGCAUUGAGCAAACGAGGUGCUAAGACCGAGAACGAUCAAAACUCGCUUCUUGGCGCUGUUAUUGCGUUGCGUAGAUCUGCCACGAAAGUUUUCGUGGACAGAGAAUCUUCGGACUCUACUACUCGAGACCUACACUUAUUCUCAUUCAAGGCCAUCUCAGGAUGCAUAGCCUUUCUUGGACGCCACGUCGACAGUCCUUCUCGCUCCAUAGUUCAUCCAGAAUCCCAGAGCCCAGCUGGGGUAAUAGAGAAAACCGCCAAAGCCUUCAUCGACUCUGCAAUCAUUGCCUCCAAACUGCUUAUAGCUCGCGGACUAUUGGGAUUCGACGAAUUAGAUCUAUGUCUCCAGUCAUGCCAGACACUACUAAAAAAUCUGGAGCAGUAUUGCAUUACAGAAACAGAAGAUAGUGACACACACAAGAAUAUGCAAUUUCCUUUGGUAAAAGUGUCUAAUGUGUACUGGGCUUGGGCCCUCAAAGAGAAGGCUCGAGAAGGUGCUCCACUCGAAGAUGUCUUCAAGUCGAUGAGAAGCUCAAUCGAGGUUCUAACGUUUUCCUCGUUCCAUGAACAAUCUUCCGGUAGCAUUUUGUUGAAAUGUGCAAAAGCAGGAGAACUCUUUAGAAGUCACAAGCGCGUUAGUGAGGCGCGUGAAAUGGUCAGCCUCUCCAUCCGAUGCCGUACCAAUGCUGGAGUGUUGACAGUCGCUGCUGCACUCGCCGAUUCACAACCCCUCGACUCAGUCUGGAACAGCAAAGAAGAACUGAUAUCAUAUCACAAAGACCUGGAGACCCUUUUACGCCUCGGUGUGUUAACUGGUGAUGGUGGAUUCUACGACGACGUAGAUCUGAAUUACUUGGAGAGGGCGGCACUGCUGGAAUGUCAGUUGAUACUCAUCUGCCGCAGUUCUGCUGUGUACAACAGGCUUGAAGCUGGCCAAGCCACAGCUACAUCGAUUGCCACCAUGACGCUCUCACUCUAUACUCUAGACGAAUACCCCGUACGCCGAUUGAGAGUUCUGCUGCAACUCAUGCAGGCACAGUGGGAAUUUCCGGAAUUACUGGAUCUUUCAAUCUGCUCCCUCGUCAAUGAAGUAUAUAUACGUACACCUGAAAAUCUUGGUAAAGAUUCCGAACUAGGCUCCUAUAUGCCACAUCUCAAGAAUACAUUCGAAGUGCGACAAAAUCUACAGCAGCCCACACCGGAUCCAGACAAAGUGAGAAGCAACCUCGAGGUAUGGGAUGCAAUGGUCAAGGAGUCAAAAGACCGUAUUGGUUUAGGAAAACUGGUUGAUAGCUUCGAUAGCUGGAUCAACAUCUUGCACACUGUUGGCGACUUUUUCGAAUCGAGAGGCCACGACAAUAUGCAAAUCCCUGUUCUCAGUCUAGUCACCAGAAUCCUACAGCUUGAAGGGUUAGGAAAGUCUUCUCAGCUACUCACGAAUAUGACGCGACUGGGCAGACAGCUCCUGACUCUCGGCUACCCUGCUGAGGCCCUGAAACUGUUCAACCGUGGCAAAGAUGUACUACAGAGCGCUGACGUGACUACUGAAUCAAAACUGCAGUAUCACCUAGCAUAUGCAGAGUUCUUGUCCUCUAUUGGCGACUCGACGAGAAGUGUUAACGAGUUGCGGGAUAUUGAGCGUCUGAUCGAAGCCAAAGAUGUCCUUUCUGAUCUCACCAAACCCGCAACUACUACCAACGUACGGCUAAACCUGCACAAACUUCUAGCGCAGGCCAACUUUGCGCAUUCUCUUUUGUCCAUGCAGACUGGUGUCCCAAAGGAUGCUCUACAAUACGCGAAGCGGUGCGUGUUAUUGAAUCGACGCAUUUGGGUCACUAUAGAAAACAGAAACAAGGGAAACCAGAAGACUGUUUCCUUAGACGGGAAUGUGUCGGACGCAAGCGAUACUGUAUCUCGUAUUGGAAAUAUGACACUGUCCAGUGAUAAUCAUACCCCGAUAUCAAUGACGCACGGCAGCCUCACCGGACCAGAGUUCUGGACCCUCGUUCCGGUAAUAUUCACGGGUCUGUCGCAGCUAGCUCAGGUUUGUGAAAGUCAGGGCAUGGUCGGCGAGGCAAUCUACUACCUCGAGCAAGCAUUUAGGGUCGCAGACGCGGUCAAGGCCACUUCUUGGCUUCUCGGGAAUCUGAGCACUCGCGCCAUUAUAUGGGCUAGAGCGGGUAAUAUCGACAAGGCUCAAAUCUCCCUAGAGCAAGCUAAAUCAUUCCUCAAUAUGACUGUGACUACAGGAGAGGCAGCUACCUACCAUAGUGCUGUUGCAGCUGUAUACCGGGCUAUGGGCGACGUGGACAAUGAGAUUCAGGCUUUAAAGAAAGGCCAGCAAAUCUUAGCAAAUCUCAGCAAGAUGCCUUUCACUAAGUGGCUUGAUGGGCUAGAUCCAGUGGGAGCCGAGCUGGGCACGAGAAUGUCCGAACUCUCUUUGGACAGCGCCACUGCUAAAGCCUAUACCCCAGCACGAACAGACACGAUAUCAGGGUGGGCUAAGAAGCCAAAUCCCAGGAUUCGAGCGAAGACAUUUCAUACGAUGACACGAACCACCGAAAGCGACCCUGUAGUGCCCGCAAAUCCUUUGUUCUCUCCUAUUUCUGCAUCUCGUGCAGAAUUGCUUCGUCAGGAAGCCUUUGCUGAGCUGGCACGGGACAACAAAACUAGCUCUGCCGCCCUACUAGAUGAGGCUGAAGCAUGCUAUGACUGUGCUCAAGGCCAUGUUGCACAGAACAUUGCACGUAUCAAACUGCUCAUGGUCCAGUUUCAGAGUGCUGUGAAUGCUGACUUCACUUUCAAUGGCCUGCCAGAAUCAACCGUCUCUUUUCCGUCUGUUAGAAGAAGUGAGAGGAAUAAGUCGUCCGUGGCGAAUGCUCCAAGGCCUGAUCCUUUGGGCUCGAGGGGGAGAAGCAAGAAGACGUCCAAAGCGAAGGUCGUUGCGAAUGAAGACUUUGUCAGCAUGCUAAGACAAGCCCAUGUCUUCUUGUUGGAGACUCAACCACUCGCGCUCAAGAGUGCACAUAGCUCAGUCAUGCAUCAGGUGUGCAAACUUGCGAGCUCAAUUACAGUCCUCCUAUCAGCUGUUCAUUGCCUUGCACCGGAUGUGUCGUUGCAUCCUCUACAAGCAGCGUUUUCAUUUGGGCAUCCUCUUAACCGCACUCUGCAGCUCGAACAGGCGUCUAUAGAGAUAGAAGUGAACUCUACAGCCAAAACAUCUUUAAUGCAAUGGCCGACUACAACAAGGUCGAACGAUACAAGUGCCUCCUCGGCUUCGGAGUUUCAACGCCUAUUCGUCGAUAUCAUACCGGAGAACUGGUCAGCGAUUGCACUUUCUCUCAGCGAAGCCCGAGACGAGCUAUUCAUUACGCGGUAUCGCUCAAGUGAAACACCAUUUAUCCUACGCCUUCCCAUGUCACGCCACACGUCCCGUGACCUGGACGAGGAGACAUUUUCUUUUGAUAACGGCAAGUCAGAACUUGUUGAGAUCAUCGAGAUGUCUGACUUCAGUACGCAUGAUGGUCGAGACGUAUCAAGCAAAGAGGCUAAAGCCGACUGGUGGGCUGAGCGCGAGGCCUUGGACGCUCGGCUGCAAGAUCUCCUCGUCAAUAUGGAAAACAUCUGGCUAGGUGGCUUUCGCGGUAUUUUCUCACAGCACAUGACGCAAAUAGACCUGCUGUCGCGCUUCCAAAGGUCAUUUGAGAAUAUCCUAAAUGUGCACCUGCCAUCAAGAAGCGGUAAAAGCCAGCCACCAAAGAUCAAUCUCGACUCGCGGAUACUAGACUUGUUUAUUGGGCUUGGUGAUCCGUCAGCCGAAGAAGCCGAUUUUGAGGAACCGUUGAUGGAUCUGGUGUACUUUGUCAUUGACAUUCUACAAUUCAACGGAGAAAGUAACGCUUACGAUGAGAUUGAUUUCGACGCCAUCGUCGUUGAAACAUUGGAUAUACUGCAGACGUAUCAUGCCGAGGCGGAAUCUGAGCCAGCGCAACCGCAGCAUACGAUUCUUAUUCUCGAUAGCGCACUCCACUGCUUUCCUUGGGAGUCCCUACCGUCCCUCCAGCAUAUAUCAAUAUCGCGACUCUCAUCUCUCGCUGCUCUACGUGAGCGUCUAUUAUCUCGCUCGGCACCAUCCAAGAUUGGUGCAGACCAUGACCCUGGCCACUACGUCACGCCGACAGGCAGUACCAUCCUUAACCCGUCGCGCGACCUCACAAACACACAAACCCUUCUCUCUCCCUACCUAAACGCACUCCCUGGUGCCUGGUCUCACAUUACUGCCCGGGAUCCUACGGAGUCUGAAUACGAGUCGGCUCUCCAGAACAGCGAGCUACUGCUCUACUUUGGGCAUGGAGGUGGAGCACAGUAUAUUCGCCAAAAGAACAUCAAGAAGUUGUACGUUCGAGACGCGUCUGAUGAGAGCACGAAGCCACGAUGCGCAACGACGUGGCUGAUGGGUUGCUCAUCGGCACAUCUUACUGAACAAGGCACAUACACCCCGUCCGGCACAGUCGCGUCGUACAUGACGGCAGGCGCACCAGCAGUGCUUGGGAUGUUAUGGGAUGUCACCGACAAGGACUGUGAUCGAUUCUCGAUUCGAUGUGGUGCGGUAUGGGGGCUGUGGCAAGAACGAGAGGAGAAGGGAAGAAAGAAAGGACGGGCUGCUAAGAAGACUGCUGAGAUGACAGCCAAGAGGAAAUCAAAGGAGAGAGGGAAGCAGAAGUCUAGGGGUAUAAGUCUGGACGACGCGGUCAGGAGCAGUCGGGAUGCGUGUUAUUUGAGAUAUCUGAAUGGUGCGGCGCCAGUUGUGUAUGGGAUUCCGGUAUACCUGAAUGGGUAG